GAUGGAUGCCAUGGAUGCAAUGGACGCUUUAGCCAGUGAAGUAAAAGCUUCUUCAGAACACCAUAUUAUCCCAAAAUUAUACACCAAAUGGAUGCAAUAUUCUGGUCUGUUUUUACCUUCGUUAGCAUCAAUAAAUUCUGGGAAACUGGAUCGUAAAAACUCUCAUCGCGCACACUUCACUUGGUCGUGUGUGAUUUUGCUGCUUUUGUUGCUCCUGUUCGCCAUCGAUCAGUAUGAUUUCUUUGUGAAAUUCGGGCAACUGCUGCAAGAUAUGGAAUAUUUCACUUGUGUGGCAUACGAUUUUCGUUCCUUGAUUAAAGGUCAAGGCCCCUUUACCAUUGGCGUAAUGUUUCUUAUGCGGAAAAAAGUCUCGAAAUUGUUGCAGCGCUGCCAGCAAUUUCUCCCCACUGUUCUGCACGAAUAUGACUGGCAGUAUCUGCGCCGAGCGUUUAUCGUACUUUGUAUAUGCACAACGGUAUCUAUUAUUUUGUGCCUCUCCGGAAUUAUUUUCACAACAAUCGCUUUACAAGAAACCGGUUAUUUGGAACGCAACCAGAACGUUCCAUAUUUUUUCGACCAACUGAAACUUCCGGCGCUGCUAAUUGCGAUAUUCAAUGGCCUUGGAAUAUAUUUCGGCGUAUCCUGCGAGUACCUGACGUUAACACUGUUAGUAAUAAUAGCACUUCAUAUUUUUGUGGCAUUCAAGAGGGUAUCGCUGAAUUUUGAUGCUGUGGUGCAAAAUGCCGGGAAUAUUUCACAGAUUCUGGGAGAAUUUCGAAAUUAUUUGAUUCUGGUGAAUCUGGUGGAUUACCUAAACAAGACAUUUUCGCCGAUUUUGUUAAUAAGUUGUGUGAAGGAUCUCAUCAGCUAUGCCGCACAAGUGGGAACCUACCUGCAAAUGUACACGACUAGUGUGGAGUUAUCUGCUGAGCAUACCGAGCGUUCCGUGGCAUAUAUGCGCGGCAUGGACGCUUUUACAUUCUUCUUCGCCCAAGUCAGCUUCGUCAACAUGAUCAUCCGAAUCGCGGUGUUCUGCAAAAUGCAUACUGCGGCGCAGUCAUUCCGACACCGGUUACGGAUGAUCCAUCUUUCGGAGGUGAAUGAUGAUCUCAAGCGUGAAAUUACCGUUUUUGGACAGAACACAACAAUAUCGGAUGGAGCGGUUACGGUUUACGGCAUGCUGGAACUGUCGAAAGAAUACGUCGUAACGACAUUUGGGUUGGCGAUGACAUAUUACAUUUUCGUCUACCAAGCCCGCGAUUCGCAGAGAUCUGUUGAGGACUUGAAAUCCUCUCAGAAGUCAUGCCAAGCUGCUGUACACCGAAUACUCAACGGAAGUCUCGCAACAGUUUAAGUACGCUUUAGGGGAUUUUAUUAUACGGUUUACAUCGUCUGCAAAACUCAAGGUUUCUGUUUUGGCCGUCAGAAUUUUAUUUAGCCAUGAAGCAUACGAGUACCCUAACCUCGUUGCUAGGUACUAUUUUUUUAUCUCGGAUUUUGAAUUUUUCUCUGCAUAAAACGAGUAGGCCCUUUGUACAUGUUUAGCAGAGGAUGACUCACAUAACAGGUCUCACUUAAACAUAGGAAGUAAGACUUUUCUCUGCUAUCCGGUACGGCUAUAAACGGUACGGUACGGUACGGCUAUCCGGUACGGUUCCUGUGAAUAAUAAAUAUUUUUAUAAAAACGCUCUGUUAGUCCCAAGACAACCUUAUAAUUUGCAUACUUCCUAGCUCCUACUGAUGUUUGUCCGUUGCGGCUCCGCGUGUUCUCAUAGUUUACAGAGGAACCGCAUACUGUAUACAGCAAAUAAAGGUUGGCGUUGUUUGUUUUCAAAUAACCAAGCAAAUGGA